AGCCCAUCAUAAUUCAUCUUUUUCCUUUUGUAUCUCCUUUCUCCAUUUUCGUGGACUUCCACUACCCCAAAUACAGGCUUCUUUGACGUAAUUUUGCUUAUCCAUCUGUUUUAUUUUUGUCGGUUGCGAUUAGACGCGGCACCUACAACAAGCGAGCAUUAGUACUCCGUUUAUAGCAGCAUUUUCGAAUUCGAAAUCAUGCAAUCGGCCGUGCGGCGCAUCGUCAGUGUCGGGGUGCAGGUGAUGAAGAAGGUUACAAUGAAACAAGAGGACGUUGCUGCUUUCGGCAAUCUUAUCGGUGACCACAAUCCCAUCCACAGCGAUCUUGCCGCAGCAAAGGCAGCGGGCUUUCCCUCGACCAUCUGCUACGGAAUGUUUGCCGGGUCUCUCUUUUCUGGUCUCAUGGCGACGGAGCUUCCAGGUCCAAAUACGGUGUACAUCUCGCAGAAUCUGCGCUUUCUUGCACCUGUCUUUGUGGGGGAUGAGCUGGAGAUCAUCGCGAAGGUCACCCAGUUCCGCCGCGACCGGGGCCUAAUUGAAAUGGCCACCAUAGUGCAAAAAAAGGACCCGACGGACGAGAACAAAAGAAUUACAUGCGUUGACGGGUUUGCAGUGGGCUUGAACAAAACGGUGGAGUUCAAAGGCGAGAGCACAUGGAAGACGCGGUAA